AUGACAACUCCCACAACUCAAUUCAACCUACCGUCUCUCGAUUCUGCUUAUAAUUUUUCUGCGAUUCAACAACAAUAUUUAGUACCUUCUCCACCGUCUCCACAUUCUCCUCAGCAAGUUACUGUAACAGCUGCUGCUCUUGCUUCUUACGUACAAGCUUAUAAUAGUCCUCCUCAACAACAACAAGAAGUUUAUUCUCCUCAACAUUCAAUUCAUACUACUGAUUUAUACGCUACUGCUUAUCCCUCACCGCGUGUUGACGAUUCUUCAAAUAACAGUGUAAUGAUGGCUGAUAGUUCUCCAAGCUCUUCUCCUCCUUCUUUCGCUGGUGAUAAUAAGCCCGUGAUUAAUGGUGGUGAUGAUCUUUCCCUUUCCCCCCUUUUUAUACUUUUAAAUAUUAUCAUUAAAUCUUGUUUAACACGGCCCCUUACCCGUCGACCUCAACCCCGUCGUUUUCUAAUGGUAUGCAAUGAUUAUAAAAUAUUGAUGUUGAUGUUGUUUCUUUUGUCUCAUGAUACUAAAAUUCUUAAUUUAUCUGUUUCUUCAGAGUCUUCCUCUGCUAACAGUUCUCCCGAACAAUGGAGUAAUGGUACCGCACCUUUUCCUUUCGGUUCUUACACAAAACAACAACCAAAAGGUUUCGAUGAACGUGCUAUAGAUCCUGCUUUCUUCACAGAUCCUUCCAUGAUUAAACCUUCUGGCCCGAACACCGCUACCCCGAUCGCUUAUUAUCCUCCGGUGAGUUACGAUCGAACUGGUAUUCCUCAUCACCCUGCGAAUUACCCAACGCCACAGGACUAUCCGGUAAUGGCUGGUCGAUAUAACAAUGGCACUAUAACCGUCAUGCCAUCCGUAAAUGGUAACGGCACGUCCUCCAAAUCACAGUCCCAACAAAAUCCACCAAGACCUCCUCCGGUUCCUGCUCCUCAAGCCAUGAUGACUACAUUCAGUUCAAAGACCGUAUCAUCCACUCCAAAAAGAUACAA